UCAACUAACGUUCGCUCGCGAGACAAAAUUCAAACUUUCCACUUUGGCCACACCCCCUGAGACAAACUAUAAGUACGACUACCGCCUUUUUGUCCCUUUCAGUUCAACCUUCUUCAACUGACUGCUCGACGUCGACGAGAAGGACAAUAACUUGCAAAAAUGCGUGAGUGUAUUUCCAUGCACGUUGGCCAGGCUGGCGCCCAGAUGGGCAAUGCAUGCUGGGAGUUGUAUUGUCUGGAGCAUGGCAUCCAGCCUGACGGUCAGAUGCCUAGUGACAAAACCAUUGGAGGCGGAGACGACUCCUUUAACACCUUCUUCAGUGAGACUGGAGCUGGCAAGCACGUUCCCAGGGCAGUCUUUGUGGAUUUGGAGCCAACUGUCAUCGAUGAAAUCCGCACCGGAACAUACCGCCAGCUCUUCCACCCUGAGCAGCUGAUCACCGGGAAGGAGGAUGCAGCAAACAACUACGCACGUGGUCACUACACAGUCGGCAAGGAGCUCAUUGACCUGGUUCUUGAUAGAACCCGCAAACUGGCUGAUCAGUGCACAGGCCUUCAAGGUUUCCUCAUCUUCCAUUCCUUUGGAGGCGGAACCGGUUCAGGUUUUACCUCUCUCCUCAUGGAGCGCCUGUCAGUCGACUAUGGCAAGAAGUCCAAACUGGAGUUUGCGGUUUACCCAGCCCCCCAGGUGUCUACUGCAGUAGUAGAACCUUAUAACUCCAUCCUGACCACUCACACCACCUUGGAACACUCGGACUGUGCAUUCAUGGUGGACAACGAAGCCAUCUAUGAUAUCUGCCGCAGAAACCUCGACAUCGAGCGCCCAACUUACACCAACCUCAACAGGUUGAUUGGUCAGAUCGUGUCGUCCAUCACCGCCUCCUUGCGAUUCGAUGGAGCCUUGAACGUGGAUCUGACAGAGUUCCAGACUAAUCUGGUGCCUUAUCCACGUAUCCACUUCCCCCUGGCCACCUACGCCCCAGUCAUCUCCGCCGAGAAAGCCUAUCACGAGCAGCUGUCCGUGGCGGACAUCACCAAUGCCUGCUUUGAGCCGGCCAAUCAGAUGGUGAAGUGUGACCCCCGUCACGGCAAAUACAUGGCGUGCUGUCUGCUGUACCGUGGCGAUGUCGUGCCCAAGGACGUCAACUCUGCUAUCAGCAACAUCAAAACCAAGCGCUCCAUCCAAUUUGUUGACUGGUGCCCCACCGGCUUCAAAGUGGGCAUCAACUACCAGCCCCCCACGGUUGUUCCAGGCGGGGACCUCGCUAAGGUGCAGAGGGCCGUGUGCAUGCUGAGCAACACCACCGCCAUCGCAGAAGCCUGGGCCAGACUAGACCACAAGUUUGACCUCAUGUACGCAAAGAGAGCUUUCGUGCACUGGUACGUCGGAGAGGGGAUGGAGGAGGGAGAGUUCUCCGAAGCCAGAGAAGACAUGGCCGCCCUGGAGAAAGAUUAUGAAGAGGUGGGAGCCGACAGCCUUGGAGAGGAGGACGAAGGAGAAGAGUAUUAGCGGCAUUUGGAAUGUACCAAAAGUUCAGCACAUUCAAAAGCUUUCUUAUUCGUAUUUCUUUGUCUGUGUUGUCUCUGUCUCUUUUUGUUUGUGCAAACUGAAUAAAAGUCCUGUCAUUAA